AAUCCUUCUUCAACCUUCUACUUUCAAGAGGGGCACCUUCAACCCGGUCUGCGGUGCACUGGCAGUGGCUCCAUUUGUUUGAAACAAGAAGUAGAAAUAACACGUUGAUAUAGACACAAUGUCCUUCCUGACUAUUAACAGGCUAGCACCUAAACUUCUCAAUUCAAAGAAUGCCACAUACUUCUUUGUGGCUGCUAGGAAUGCCACUGCAUCGACAACAAAUCUGAAGGAUGUGUUGGCAGACCUCAUCCCUAAAGAACAGACCAGAAUUAAGAACUUUAAGCAACAGUAUGGCAAAACAAACAUAGGUCAGAUUACUGUUGACAUGGUCUAUGGUGGUAUGAGAGGCAUGAAGGGUCUGGUAUAUGAAACAUCUGUGUUGGAUCCAGAGGAGGGCAUUCGUUUCAGAGGUUACAGCAUUCCAGAGUGUCAGAAGUUGCUGCCUAAAGCUCCAGCAGGUCAGGAGCCACUGCCUGAGGGCCUCUUUUGGCUGCUGAUAACAGGACAAAUACCAACUGAGGAGCAGGUAAACUGGGUGUCCAAAGAGUGGGCGAAGAGAGCAGCACUCCCCUCUCAUGUUGUCACCAUGUUGGAUAAUUUCCCCACAAACCUGCACCCCAUGUCUCAGCUUAGUGCUGCUAUCACAGCUCUGAACAGUGAGAGCAGCUUUGCACAGGCAUACUCUGAGGGAGUUCACAAGUCCAAGUACUGGGAGUUUGUCUAUGAAGACUCCAUGGACCUGAUUGCCAAGUUGCCCUGCAUUGCUGCUAAGAUCUACCGCAACCUUUAUCGUGAAGGAAGCAGCAUCGGAGCCAUCGACUCCAACCUGGACUGGUCCCAUAACUUCACCAACAUGCUGGGCUACAGCGACGCCCAGUUCACUGAGCUAAUGAGGCUCUAUCUCACCAUCCACAGUGAUCAUGAAGGAGGCAACGUAAGUGCCCAUACCAGCCACCUAGUAGGGAGUGCCCUCUCUGAUCCCUAUCUGUCCUUCAGCGCAGCUAUGAAUGGUCUGGCUGGUCCUCUUCAUGGUCUGGCCAAUCAGGAAGUGCUGGUGUGGCUGACUGCCCUGCAGAAGGAGCUUGGAGGGGAAGUAUCUGAUGAGAGGAUGAGGGAUUAUAUCUGGAACACACUCAAGUCUGGAAGGGUGGUUCCAGGUUAUGGCCAUGCGGUCCUAAGGAAGACUGACCCACGUUACACCUGCCAGCGAGAGUUUGCCCUGAAACAUCUGCCCAAUGACCCCAUGUUUAAGUUGGUUGCCCAGCUUUACAAAAUUGUACCCAAUGUGCUCUUGGAGCAGGGUAAAGCCAAGAACCCCUGGCCUAACGUGGACGCUCACAGUGGAGUUCUUCUGCAGUACUACGGAAUGACGGAGAUGAAUUACUACACUGUCCUCUUCGGUGUGUCCCGUGCUCUGGGCGUCCUCGCCCAGCUGGUGUGGAGUAGAGCCCUAGGCUUCCCCUUGGAGCGCCCCAAGUCCAUGAGCACAGAUGGACUGAUGGCCCUGGUCGGACCCAAGUCAGGCUGAAGCGACACCUCAAAGGAGCUGGGGGUUAGCAUGAAGGGUGAGACGAUGUGGAAACAUCUAAAGGCAGACAUCAGUUGACCCUUUUGUCAUUUCCAACCCCAGGGAUUUAUUGGGAUUCAAAGAGACAGUACGCUUUUAAUGUUAUUACACUAAAGAAGGGCCUUUUAAAUUGUCACACCAAUAAUGUCCUGCAUUUAGUUAACCACUGACAAGUUUCCCCAUCACAUUUGCAUGCUUGGAACUUGAGAGGAACAAACUUCAGACAUGCACAUAUGAAACCUUGAGUGGGCUCAAAAUGUUUUCCAGUCCUUGUCUGCAAGCAUCUGUAAGAUUUCCCUGAGCACUGCCUGCAUGGUUCACAUUGAGCACCGAGUCUGAGCUUUGAAUAGGCAGAAGCAUUCAAAGGGAGCUGUGGGAGUGAACUACACUUCCUAGAUAUUAAAAAAUCUUCUAAAACCCUUCAGCUUUGGAUUAAAAUUUUUGUGUUCUAUGCAAUCUUAUUUUCCUAUACAGGUAAUUGGUGUGUUUCACUCCCACAUAUGAACACUCCAGUUUGAAAUAAAUUUAAAAAAGGUCCUAAGCAGUAACCCAGUGUGUAAUCUGUUGAAGAUAUCUGUUUAAUUAAAAGUUACUGCCCCUUUAAAUCUUUGAUCUCCCCCAUUUCUCCUGCUUGUAUUUUUAUUUUGUUUUUUUUUUAAUAAAUGACUUCGGAUACCUCUAUGAUCAAAAUGCCUGUCUGCAUAGAAAUAUCGUCACUUUUCCUUUAAAAUUUCAGGUUUUAUUAAGUUUCUACUGAAAGGGUCUUAAGAAUUGUAGAUGAUGAAGAAUGUUCACCAACAGUGUGACAAAUUUGACUCAAAAUGGUGUUGUAGUUGCCUGUAAAAUCCUUAAGAGCAAGCUUGAGAUUAAAAGGUUUGAUGGGGAGGUUUUGUAGUGUAUUUUAAUCCCCACAGGAGAGCGCUUUGACAUCAACUACUUGAAAAUGAGCGCUUGAUUGGGUUUCCUAAUAGCAGUAGAACCCUUCCAGCUUGAUUGUGUAAUUUUUUUUUUUUUUUUUACUGCGGGUUUAUUUAUGUUGAAAAUGCAAAGAAAGUAAUCUUUGGGUUCUCAUUUUGUGGUUUUAUUUAUACUUUGUGUACAUAUAUGUGUAUAGCUUGAAUGUAUGAGCUGUAUGCUAUCACCUGCUUGUUAUAACCACAAUGAGUCCCACAGUUUACCAACGAUGUAAUCACGGUGUCCAGUUCGGUCGCAUUGGUCUCCGUCUCAUUCUGACAAUGAACAAAAAAAACCUGCAGUUGUCUUGUAAAUACAGGUUCUUGCUGGUUUUGUUUAUUUUUUUCUUUUCAAAUAAAUGUUUCAAGCUUGCUCUUAGGUUCUGGGUUGGUCAGCACUCCGUGUUUGUGAAGUUUCUGCUCCUGCAUAUUUACUCCCCCCCCUCCCCUCCCAAACUUUCAGUCGGUAGUUCAAACAACUGAUUCAUUACUACUGUGAUUUCAGGCUCAAUCAGGCAUCUGUGUUUUCUUGUGUUCUUCCAUGUAUUGGGUGGUUCCUGAGAUGUGGUCAUUUUGAUCGUAGAGGGCUACAAAGGUUGUGUGUAACUCGGCAAACUGAUUGCAGGUGGUUUCAUUGAAGAGAUGCUUUAGCAGAUUGAGUUGGAUGGGUCAAAUGGGCAAAACAAUAAGUUUAAAAAAACAAUUGUUGAAAAAGACAAAAAAAUGAAAAAUAAAGGUUUUUAUUAGUA